UAAUCCACUUUCCUCUCGAGGUUUGUAUAUUCAUAUGUUUACACGAGGCUCGCGCUUGACUGCGAGAGCCGGUCGAUCAAAAAAUGGACGGGUUUUUAUGGCUAGAGUCAUUACAAUCGUAUAGGGAUUGAAGAAAAUGUUUAUAAAGGAAUGGCCUGGCUAAGAGGCGCUCAAUACCUUGCCUCUUACUCGUGCAGUAAGUAUUGCAAGCGUCGGAUCGAGAUGAUGGGUGUCUCAAAACUAAUCGGAUUAAUAGCCGUGGUCGGUUUGGCAACCGCUAACCCUAACGGAUUCCAGCCGAACAAUUAUCCUCAGAACCAGGUAAAUGCCUGGCAGCAGGCAUGCCGUAACUUCCAACAGCAGCAACUCCACACUCAGCUUGCCCAGAAUCAGUUCUUUGCUCAGACAUUCCCCCAAAUCGGUCUGCCCCCGCUUCCGUUCAUGGACAUCUGCGGCCAAUUUGGCAGCGCCGGUGGUGGUGCUGGCUUUGCCCAAAGCGGUGCCAGUGCUGGAGCAAGCUCGUUUUCCGGUGGAGUUGAUGGAGGACUUGGCAACCGUUUCGGUGGUUCCGGUGGUGGCGGAGGAAAUGUACAAGGUGUCAGCGUGAGCACCGGUUCGUUCCCCAACGGACAGUCAGGAACAUCGGUCACUCACUUUGGACCAGGCGGAGCCAGCACCACGCAUUACGGCCAGGGUGGUAACAGCUUUGGCACGGAGAAUAGGUUCGGAGGAGGAAAUGGUGGCGGACAUCAAGCGGGUGCCAGCUUCAGUAGUUUCAGCGGUAGCCCAGGCAAUGGAGGAUAUGCUACGGCCAAUCGUUUCGGUGGCAGCAGUGGCGGUUCGGGAGUAGGAGUUAGCUCAUUUGGGGCGUCAUCGUCUUCUGGCAAUGGAGGUUACGCGACUGCAAAUCGAUUCGGAGGUAGUGGCGGAGGAUAUUCUGGCGUUGGCGCAAGUGCAUUUGGUGGAAAUGGAGGAAACUUCGCUUCGGCUAAUCGCUUUGGUGGUGCAGAUGGAGGACAGAGCUUCAGCACACAAGGACAGCACGGUGCAGGGAUCAGUGUAUCCAGCGUCAAUGACGGUCACGGCAAUGUGCACACACAGGUGCACAAACAGCAAUAUUAAAAAGACGCAACUCUAUAGUCUUGAAUAGUGAUAGAAAAACGUUUAUGCGAAUAAAUAUGUCGUUGUAGUUACCAUA